GCGGCGGCGGCGGACGGCGAUGGGGCCCCCGGGCCUGGUCACCAUCAAGAGGAGCGGCCUGGACGGCGCCCGCUUCCCGCUGAGCCUCCGCAGCUGCUCGUUCGGAAGGGAUAUCGAAUGUGAUAUUCGCAUCCAGCUCCCUGUAGUGUCAAAACUGCAUUGCAGAAUUGAGGUCAGCGGGCAGGAGGCCACAUUAUAUAAUUUCAGUUCUACAAAUCCAACCCAGCUGAAUGGGUCUGCCAUUGACAAACCUGUGCACCUGAAACACGGCGAUGUCAUCACUAUUAUUGACCGGUCUUUCAGGUAUGAAAAGGAAAGUCCUCAGAAUGAAAGCAAGCCAGAUGAAUUUCCAGGAAAAAGACAGGAGCAGGCAGGGCACGGCGAUCCUCCAGAUCCAGCCUCUCUACUCCCCCUGAUGGGAAAGCUCAAGGUUCCAGAACCCAUUCAAAAGUCACUGCUUCAAGGUCUCAGGAGCCCGGCAAGGAGCUCAUGGGCGACAGCGCUACCCCCCGACGGCUCGGAGCACAGAGCAGCCCCACAGCUACUUCACGCUUGUUCCCCAGAGCAAGUGGGAAACGAUGGAGGGAAAGCAGGAAGGCCCACUCCUAGGGGUCCUAAGGAGAAGCCCAGGGUAACCGCAAGUCCUUGCGGAGACCUAAAGUCUUUACCCUUGGCACAGAGCCUUGACAGUAGCAAGGACACAGAGUCUCCCUUUGAGAAGCUCUACCAGUCGAUGAAGGAGGAGUUGAGCCUCAGCUUGCGAAAACAAAGCCUUGCACAGACUCGGAGGAAAUCAGGAUUGCAGCUUGAUAGUGCCACAGAGAAAGAGAGAAGGGAGAACCUGCCCUGGGGGUCACACAAAGCAAGACCAAGGUCUGCUGACACUCUCUGCAUUAAGGCAGCCUCUUCAUUCACACCAGAAACCAACCAGACCCAGGAAAAGGGCAUCAGUGCGGACCCUGCUCACACUUCUGACGAGGCCCUGAAUUCUAGCAUUUCUGUGGCUGAGACUACAACAAAGAGCCCAGGGCGGUACUCCCAGCCACGAAAGGACACAGGCCCGUAUAUUACUGGAGGAGAGGCUGUGAAUCUGGGCCCAGGUGAAGGCAUUGGGUCAGCUGAUAGACCUGUCACACCUCGGAGGCGCUUGACUGGAAAUCGCCCAUCAGCCAUUGCGGGGGCCACUGCCAGCCCCGCCGGUCAGCCAGACUGUCUCUCUUCCAGAAGCAGAAGCGUUCCUGCAGAGGCAGAAAGGCCUCCUCCAGAAGUCAGAAAGGAGCCUUUUAUAACUCAGUGCUUUCCUCGCACUGAAAGCAAGAUUUCAAAGGAUUUCCUUGAUGAGCCCAACAAAUUGGCUGUGAAAUCCGGACAGAUUGGCUCUGGGUUACCUGGUCUUAGUUCAGUUGAUAUCAGCAACUUUGGUGAUUCCAUUAACAAGAGCGAGGGAGCCUCUUUGAAGAGAAGACGUGUGUCCUUUGGUGGUCGUCUGAGACCUGAAUUAUUCGAUGAGAACUUGCCUCCAAAUACACCACUCAAAAGAGGAGAAACACCAAGCAAGAGGAAGCUGCCUGUCACCCACACGCCGGCUGUCCUGAAGAAGAUCAUCAAGGAGCAGCCCCCAUCUGGGGAAGAAGAAUCUUCAGAAAUCUGUGUGGAGGUCACAGCGCAGGAUGUGUGCACAGGCGCUGUGGCUUCUAGUCCUGGAGUAACCCAGCCUGGGGUAAACGGCCAAAGACGCAGAUCAGGCAAGGCCUCGACUGCCUCUGGGGUCAGCGGCUCCCCGGGACAGACAGACGCUCCUAAGAGAGCGGGGAGGAAGAGCGCCGGCUCGUCUUCCAAGCGGACAUCCAUCAGCCGGGGGCAGCAUGACAUCCUGCAGAGGAUCUGUUCCAAGAGAAGAAGCGGGGCGUCAGAGGCCAACCUCAUCGUUGCAAAAUCGUGGGCAGAUGUCGUGAAACUUGGUGCUAAGCAGACGCAGGUGAGAGUGCCGAAGCACGGUCCUCCAAAGCCGGUGGGCAGAAGACAGAGGAAGCCGAGCACCCCGAAGAAGCCUACAGCCAGCGUUCGCCAUCAGUUCAGCACCGGCCAUGCCAACUCCCCUUGUACCAUUGUCAUCGGGAAAGCUCAGACUGAAAAGGUCAGCAUUCCUGCUCGGCCCUCCAGGAUGCUGAACAGCUUUGUGUUCAACCGAAAAAUGGACUACAGUGAAGAUCUGUCAGGGAUAACUGAAUUGUUCAAGACACCUGUGAAGGAGAAGCCCCAGACGACUGGCCCCGCCUCCUUCACUCUUUCCAGUCCAGAGAACUUGACUGGAAAACAGUUUCAAGGAGUGAAUUCAGGAGAAAAUCCUCUGUGCACCACUUCAGAGACUUGGGUGUUCAGUUCUCAGAACUCAGCAGGGGAGCCAUCUGAUAAAUGCUCUGAAAGCCACACCAUAAAAGAGCAGAGCAGAGAAGACAGAAGCACCGCAAAGACUCCUCAGAACAUGCCUAAAACGACUCACCCAGAAAGGAAAACUCCAGAUGCUGUGAAGGAGCCUCUGAACACAGUACCCAGUGCCAGCAGGUUAAGGCAAUCAAGGGAGCUCCGGAGUUCACAGACGCCACCUGUGAGAAGUAAGAAUGGAGGAACCGAAGGACCCCCGGCUGAGGGCGUCACGGACACACCCCUGAGGAAGACACCGCUGUGGGCACGGAAGGCGGAGGGCGAGGACAGUGCAGGAUCCGCAGAAACUGGCAGGGAAAGGGACAAAUCAACAGAAAGUUCAGCAAAGGUGACAGCUGUGAGGAGAUCAAGAAGCGAGGGGCAGAAACUUGGACCCAAAGAGCUCCUGGGUACACCAGCCCAUGCCAAGGAACCAGAAAAUGAGGCCGACCAAACCACCGGAACAGAUAGUUCCUCCCAAGGAGCUGAUCUCACAAACACCAGAAAGAGACCACCGAAGACAGAGGACAGCCAGGAGGAUGCCCCCCACAUGUCUCAUCAGCCCACGCACACGAACCUGACACCAGGCACUCCCAGACCACACGGGGACCCAGCUGCGUGUGCAGCUAGGGUGAAGAAGGGACCAAGAACUCCUAAGAGGCAGACCCAACCUCUAGAAGACCUGGUCGGCUUCGCAGAACUGUUCCAAACACCAGGUCAGCCCAUGGCUCAUGAGAAAGCUAAAGUACCUCGCAAAUCUCCACAGCCUAUGCCAACAAGCACAAAAGCACAGCCAGUCACACCGAGUAGGGAAAUGGAUGCCAGCAAGCUCUCAGCAUUAAGGAAGUUUGCUCACAUAUCAGUGGGGGACACGCGUGCCCCCAAAGUCACACAGCCAGAUGUCACAAGCAUCAGAGCUUUGAAGGAACCUGCAAAGCAGAUAGUAUAUCCAGUAGGAAAUGUAACUGGUAGCAAGAGACAACAGGAGACACCUAAAGAGAAGACUCAACUUGAAGACCUGGCUGGCUUCCAGGAGCUCCUCCAAACACCAGGUCUUUCCAAGGACUUGGUGAUUACUGACAGAACCACAAAAAGGACCCGUGAAGCACCACAGGCAACAACAGCCAGAACCCCAGGAAGCACACAAAGGCAGCCCAGGACAAGUGUGGGAAACAUGGCUGAGAGAGAACUUUCCUCACUCAGAAAACUUCAGCAGUCACCAGGCAAGGCCUUGCAAACACCCACAGCACCAGAAGAGGAGGAACUCAGCACAGCAUUCAUGCAAACUCCAGAGCAGACACCAGACAUGACAGGAGACUUGACUGGAUCCAAGAGACGGCCCCGGACUUCUAAGGGAAGGAGCCAGCUCCUGGGGGAUCUGUCUGGCGUCCAGGAGCUCUUCCAGACACCAGAGAGCAAAAAUCAGCCAAUGAUUGUGAUCAAAUCCACAGCAACGCCUAGCAAUGCUCCACAGUCAGAACCAGUUAAAGUUCCCACAGGUGUGAAGAGACAGCCCAGGACAAGUGUGGGAGACAUGGCUGAGAGAGAACUUUCCUCACUCAGGAAACUUCAGCAGUCACCAGGCAAGGCCUUGCAAACACCCACAGCACCAGAAGAAGAGGGACUCAGCGCAGCAUUCGUGCAAACUCCAGAGCAGACACCAGACAUGACCAGAGACUUGACUGGAUCCAAGAGACGGCCCCGGACUUCUAAGGGAAGGAGCCAGCUCCUGGGGGAUCUGUCCGGCGUCCAGGAACUCUUCCAGACACCAGAGCACAGCAAGGAUCCAAGGACUCCUGGUGAAGUUACAGAAAUGUCACCAGAGCCGGUCAAGACUCCAAGAAGCACACGGAGACGAUCCAAGAUGAGCCUGGGGAAAGCCCACAUGGAGGGGCGGCUUCCAGGACUCGGGGAGCUCUCACAGGUUCUCCGGGAACCCAAAGGUGGGGACAGUGGCACCCGAGCUGGGAAGCUACCCACAAAGCGGAAGCUGAGCUCAGAAGCCAGUGUGACUGUCAGCAAGAGGCUGCGGAGGACCCCUAGGGAGAAGGCCCAGCCUCUAGAAGACCUGUCCUUCUUGCAGCAGCUCUUCCAGACCCCGGGCCAUGCCCAGGACUCGACCGCUGCUGAUGGAACCACAGAAAGAGCCUCCACAUCUCCAAAACCAGGAGCAGUCAGGACCCCGAGGAGCACACAGAGACAGCCCAGGGCCAGUCUGGGGCACUUGGCUGUGAAAGAAGGGCUUUCCCCACUCAGGAAGCAAAGGCAGUCUGCCGUGCGCACACCCAUUGUGCCACAGCCAGGGGGCGCCAGCUCAGCGCUUGUGCUGACUCCGGAACAGAAACCGCACCUGCCGGCCACUUCCACUGGCCCUAGGAGGCGCACGCCGGAGAGGAGGGGCCAGUCCCCGGGAGACCUGCCUGGCCUCCGGGAGCUCUUCCAGACUCCAGACCGCAGCAAGGGCUCAAAGACUGUUAACAGGACCACAGAGGUGUCCGGCAGAUCUCCACAACCAGAGCUAGUGAGAACUCCUGCAGGUGUAAGGAGACAGCCCAGGCCAAGUCUGGAAAAUGUGAAUGUGAAAGCAGUUUCAUCACUCAAGAAACUUCAGCUGUCACCAGGCAAAGCCUUGCAAACACCCACAGCACCAGAAGAGGAGGAACUCAGCACAGCAUUCUUGCAAACUCCAGAGCAGACACCAGACAUGACAGGAGACUUGACUGGAUCCAAGAGACGGCCCCGGACUUCUAAGGGAAGGAGCCAGCUUCUGGGGGAUCUGUCCGGCUUCCAGGAGCUCUUCCAAACACCAGAGAGCAAAAAUCAGCCAAUGAUUGUGAUCAAAUCCACAGCAACGCCCAGAAAAGCUCCACAGUCAGAACCAGUUAAAGUUCCCACAGGUGUGAAGAGACAGCCCAGGACAAGUGUGGGAAACAUGGCUGAGAGAGAACUUUCCUCACUCAGGAAACUUCAGCAGUCACCAGGCAAGGCCUUGCAAACACCCACAGCACCAGAAGAAGAGGGACUCAGCGCAGCAUUCGUGCAAACUCCAGAGCAGACACCAGACAUGACCAGAGACUUGACUGGAUCCAAGAGACGGCCCCGGACUUCUAAGGGAAGGAGCCUGCUCCUGGGGGAUCUGUCUGGCGUCCAGGAGCUCUUCCAAACACCAGAGAGCAAAAAUCAGCCAAUGAUUGUGAUCAAAUCCACAGCAACGCCUAGCAAUGCUCCACAGUCAGAACCAGUUAAAGUUCCCACAGGUGUGAAGAGACAGCCCAGGACAAGUGUGGGAGACAUGGCUGAGAGAGAACUUUCCUCACUCAGGAAACUUCAGCAGUCACCAGGCAAGGCCUUGCAAACACCCACAGCACCAGAAGAAGAGGGACUCAGCGCAGCAUUCGUGCAAACUCCAGAGCAGACACCAGACAUGACCAGAGACUUGACUGGAUCCAAGAGACGGCCCCGGACUUCUAAGGGAAGGAGCCAGCUCCUGGGGGAUCUGUCCGGCGUCCAGGAACUCUUCCAGACACCAGAGCACAGCAAGGAUCCAAGGACUCCUGGUGAAGUUACAGAAAUGUCACCAGUUACAGAAAUGUCACCAGAGCCGGUCAAGACUCCAAGAAGCACACGGAGACGAUCCAAGAUGAGCCUGAGGAAAGCCCACAUGGAGGGGCGGCUUCCAGGACUCGGGGAGCUCUCACAGGUUCUCCGGGAACCCAAAGGUGGGGACAGUGGCACCCGAGCUGGGAAGCUACCCACAAAGCGGAAGCUGAGCUCAGAAGCCAGUGUGACUGUCAGCAAGAGGCUGCGGAGGACCCCUAGGGAGAAGGCCCAGCCUCUAGAAGACCUGUCCUUCUUGCAGCAGCUCUUCCAGACCCCGGGCCAUGCCCAGGACUCGACCGCUGCUGAUGGAACCACAGAAAGAGCCUCCACAUCUCCAAAACCAGGAGCAGUCAGGACCCCGAGGAGCACACAGAGACAGCCCAGGGCCAGUCUGGGGCACUUGGCUGUGAAAGAAGAGCUUUCCCCACUCAGGAAGCAAAGGCAGUCUGCCGUGCGCACACCCAUCGUGCCACAGCCAGGGGGCGCCAGCUCAGCGCUUGUGCUGACUCCGGAACAGAAACCGCACCUGCCGGCCACUUCCACUGGCCCUAGGAGGCGCACGCCGGAGAGGAGGGGCCAGUCCCCGGGAGACCUGCCUGGCCUCCGGGAGCUCUUCCAGACUCCAGACCGCAGCAAGGGCUCAAAGACUGUUAACAGGACCACAGAGGUGUCCGGCAGAUCUCCACAACCAGAGCUAGUGAGAACUGCAGGUGUAAGGAGACAGCCCAGGCCAAGUCGGGGGAACGAUGUGGAAGAAGAGCCAAGAAAGCAGAGGCCUCGGUCUCCGUCAGGGGCCUCUAAGAGCAGCCCCAAGGUAACACAAAGCAAGGCCGCUUUAGGGAAAUCCACAAUGCAGACACCACGCACAGUCGCUAAUAGACAGGGCCGCUGGAAGCAGCCAAGAGCUCCUAAGGAAAGGAGCCAGCCCCUGGAGGACCUGUCUGGCUUGCAGGAGCUCUUCCAGACCCCAGGCCACCCCAAGGACUCAAUGCCUAUGGAAAUCACAGGAUUGCCCGGCACUUCUCCACAGUCAGAACCAGGGAGACCGUCUAGGCCGAGUCUGGGAACACUGAGGGUGAAAAAAGAACUUCCGGCCCCCCAGGAGAUGACAGAGGCGUUGGAGGAGACCACACACACACACAGAGUGCCAGAUGGUGAGGUCACGGUCCCCAAAGCCGGGGAGGUAUCUGCACGUCCAGCCCGUGACCCAGCAAGAAGAGCUGGCAGCAGGCUGCGGCGGAUGACACCCAAAGAGAAAGCCCAGCCCCUGGAGGACCUUUCCGGCCUGCAGGAGCUCUUCCAGACGCCCGGCCGCCCCGAGGACCUGGUGCCCCGCGCAGCACCACAGCUACCACCAACCAACACCCCAGCAACCGCCAAGAGACAGGCCAGGGCAAGUCUGGGGAAAGCCCCCACAGAUGGGGAGCCCUUGGGGUUCUCAAAGCUCCCACACAAGUCAGGGGAGCCCACACGCACACCCCAAGUGCCCGGAGGUGAAGAUGGGGCCGGGGUGGUUAAACCUCGUGCAAAACGGAAACUGGAUCCCGCAGAUAGUGUAACUGGCAGCAAAAGCAAGAGACUUCGCGGGGUGCCUGAGAAGGCCUUGUCCCCAGACGACCAGGCCGGCUUGCAGGAGCUCCUCGGAACCAAGGACACAAACACGCCCCGCCAGCCUCCACAGCCCGAGCCACAGGACACCUCUGUCCCCCUGAAAAGAGCAACCAGGACCCGACGGGGCACGGUGGACACGGAGGGGGAGCUCCCCGAGGCAAAGACACUGACCCGAGCGUCCAGGCAAGCCACGCGCACCAGGAAAGUCCUAGAAGGCAAAGUUACUGACAUUCAGGUUUCAAAGGAAUCUGCAAAGCAGGUCCCAGACCCAGCAAAAAGCAUCACUGGUACCAGGAAGCUGCGGGGGGCUCGUAAGGAAAGCACCCAGCCCCUAGACAGCCUGGCUGCCUCCAACGAGACAAUCCAACCCCCAGCGCACAUGGAAGACUCCGGAAGUGAUGCGAGCACCGGCAGAAUCCCCCACCAGUCUCCACAGCCAGAGCCCGACACGGACACAGCCUCGAGGAGACCACUUAGGACGCGACGUGGGAACGCUAUGGUGAGCAAGGAGACUUCGGGACCAGCACGGGAGACCAGGAAGACAGCCGGGAAGCCCAUGCAUAGCAGUGAGGGCGUCACUAUGUUGGAGGAACCUCUGCAGCCAGAACUUGCCCCCCCAGCAAGAGUAGCUCGCCCCAAGAGGCUGCGGGGGGCAGCUGCGGAGAAGGCCCCGCCUCUCGACCCGGCCAGCCUCCCAGAGGCUCUCCAGGCACCGGCUCACACGGAGGAUCCAGCAGACAAUGAGAAGUCCACAAACACGCCCCGCCAGCCUCCACAGCCCCAGCCGCAGGACACCUCUGUCCCCUCGAAGAGAACGACCAGGUCACGACGGGGCACGGUGGACACGGAGGAGGAACUCCCGGCGGCUAGGACGCUGACCCGAGCAUCGAGGCAAACCACACGCACUCGGAAGGUGCUAGAAGGCAAUGUUACAGAUAGCCAGGCUUCAAAGGAACCUGCAAAGCAGGCACUCGACCCAGCAAAUAAUGUCACUGGUACCAGGAGGCUGCGGGGGGCUCGUAAGGAAAGCACCCAGCCCCUAGGUGGCCCAGCUGCCCCCAAAGAGACAGUCCAACCCCCAGCGCACACAGAAGAGCUGACAAAUGGUGUGGUCACCCCCAAACCUCUGAAGACCUCCAGAAGAGUCCUCAGGGCCCCAAAAGAGAAGCCUGUGACAUCCCUGAUCCCCAAACAGGAACCUGGAGAAGAUGGGCCCGGUGUGCAGAGCUCUGUGACAACGACGCCCGCUUCUUCAGAGGAGAAGCCAGCCGUCCGUCAGAGGCCCAGGCCACCCCGGCCUUUAAAGAUGCUGAAGUGUCUGAGAGUUCUCGCUCCCAAAAUUCACCUGGGGGAAGAACAGAGCUGCAACAGCACGGAGACAGAAGACGGGGAACCCCGAGAGGCACCUGCUGCCAAUCAGAGAAUGUCUCUGCGUAUCAGACACCCACAAAACCCACGUGCGGGACAGCAGAGCCCCGAAGGGCUUGGGUCUGCAGAGAAGGUUACAGCAAAGAGAAACGCGAAGAAACCUGAGAAGACCUCCCAAGACACAGAGCCACAGAGCAAAGAGAAUGGAGGCCAGCAACCUGCCACGCGGGGCCACGUCAGAGGAGCCCGCGGGGGCCUGCGGUCUGGAGGGCAGAGCAAGGCCUCCGCGCCCCUCCCCGCCGAGGACAAGGUGAAGGAGAGCCAGGAGAGCUCCAGCAGGGGUCAGAACGAGAGCGGGGCAAGGCCGGAUGUGAGGGGCUUGCGAGCUAAGAGGACUGCAAUCCAGCCCGCAGGAAGCACUUUGGACAGUGAACCCAAGCCCAGAGUAACUCGAGGGGCCAAGCGAGGUGCAGAAAAUCCAAAGAAGGCAGACGACACCAUGAGCUCCAAGAGAGUGAGAAGCAGGCGUCUGCGCGACGGUGAAGAUGUAUAGCAGACAUGGAGGAUACAGUGAAGAGUGGGAUUAGUGUUCAGGUCUUCCACCGUCAUUGUAAGAGUGAAUUCUGUAAAUAAUAGUAUGGGGGGGGGGAGACAGGGAAGGGAACAAAUUUAAGAAUCUCCUGGGUUUGACUCGUUUUCAAAAGCUCCGUGUCAUGGAAGAGACUAUGGCGGGACCUCAUUAAUGAAAGGGGAAAAUUUGGGGGUGGGUGGAUACAGCAUGGCCCUUCGUGUUCUUCUAGAAUAAAGACCUGCAGGUCAUUGCCUCUUGUGUUCA